AUGAAGCAGAACAAUCGCGGAGUACUCACCGCGAUAGAUCACAAUGGAUUCACAUGCGCACAUAUUGCUGCUAUGAAGGGCUCACUCGCUGUGGUGAAGGAGUUGAUGAUGAUUGACAAGGCCAUGGUGAUUCAGGCAAAAACGAAAACACUUGAGGCCACUACACUCCAUAUGGCUGCAGCUGGAGGACAUGCGAAUAUCGUCAAGAUUCUGCUCGAAAAUGGGGCCAGUGCUGAAGAUGAAAAUGCCCAUGGAAUGACCGCAUUGCAUUUGGGAGCAAAAAAUGGCUUUGUCUCAAUUCUCGAGGCUUUUGAAAAGACGUUGUGGAGAAGGUGUUCGAAAAAGACCGGUUUGAACGCCUUGCAUAUAGCCGCGUACUACGGUAACUCGGAUUUCGUCAACGAGAUGCUAAAAAGCGUUCCAGCGUCGAUUCGUUCCGAGCCACCGAUUUAUAACCACCAUGUUGUGAAGGAAUUUGCCACUGAGUAUGGCUUCACUCCGUUACAUUUGGCGGCUCAGUCUGGUCACGACUCCCUUGUGCGAAUGUUGCUCAAUCAGGGUGUGCAAGUCGAUGCGACAAGUACCACUAUGAAUGUGAUCCCUUUGCAUUUGGCCGCUCAGCAGGGUCACAUUGCAGUUGUCGGUAUGUUGUUAUCACGCUCCACACAACAACAGCACGCUAAGGACUGGCGAGGGCGGACUCCGCUUCACCUCGCAGCAAUGAAUGGUCACUACGAAAUGGUGUCACUAUUAAUUGCUCAAGGAUCUAACAUCAACGUCAUGGAUCAGAAUGGUUGGACUGGAAUGCAUUUUGCCACAAAGGCUGGGCAUCUGAAUGUAGUGAAGCUGUUCGUCAAAAGUUCGGCUGAUGAGCUAGCGGAAACUAAAGAAGGAAAGGUGCCGCUGUGCUUCGCAGCAGCCCACAAUCAUAUCGAAUGUUUGCGUUUUCUACUAAAGCAAAAACACGAUACCCAUCAGCUAAUGGAAGAUCGUCGAUUCAUCUUUGACCUGAUGGUCUGCGGCAAAGGCAACGACAACGAACCACUGCAAGAGUUCAUUCUACAAAGUCCAGCGCCGAUAGACACCGCUGUUAAACUUUCAGCUCUGUACAGGGAUAUGUCGGAGAAGGAGAAGGAGCGAGCAAAAGAUCUCUCGAAUGUGGCAGUGUUCUCCGAGAACAUGGCUGUGGAGCUUCUUGAAAGAGGUCGUCUCAUACGCAUCAGUGCAACGGUAUCUAACAGAAAUCUGGACGGCACGCGUCGACUGGUCCUUUGGUACGAGGUUACGUCCGUGAUUCCAAAUCCUGUAGAGUGGCUGCUUCUGUUGUGGCUGAGCGGUAAUCUAGUGUCAGAGCUAUCAAAUGUUGGUGGAGGUUCUGGUCUUGGAAUAGUCAAGGUAGGUAUGAAAUGA